UUUUAGAAGCAACAGCUUCCAAUAUAACUAUAUUUAAUAGAAAAAAAGUUGGUAACCCUUGUCUAGACCUAAGAAGAUUUAUUUUUAGAGACAGGCAUUAAAAGAGUCAAUGUUACCUGCGUCAAAAAAAAGUUUCACCAUGUUGCAAUUGCAAUGUUGAAAAGAAUAAAAUCACGUUGCCGUUGGUUUGACUUUAACAUUUAUAAAGCACUCAAUUGAGUAGCGAUAAAACUAUUAAGGUCGCGAACCUUGACAAUGGAACCUAUACCUAUAUAGUCUUCACUGUUCGUUCGUCUGUCAGCGGGAUUUAUCUGUAAUAGACAGUUGUAAUUUUCACAGUAAGGGUGUUGAGUAUGUAAAGCAAGAAAUUUGCUUAGGGUGGAUGACGUAAUAGUGGUGACAGGUAACAGGAUACAGGAACAAUACGUGACUGGAAUUUCUAAUAAUAUUUAAAGGGAAUAUUUAUUAAACUAUCAUCAGACCUUCCUUUGGCUGGAAAAUGUGUGGAAAAUUUUGUCAGUACGGAUAUGUGAUGAGAAGGGAUGAGAGGCGUGUAUCAAAGAGGACCAUGAAUAAUAAUGUAAACGAGUCUUUAAGAAGAGGACAAUUGAAGAAGAAGAGAAUAAAGGAAAAGAACAUAUUAUUACGUCAACCCCAAAUAAAUUGGGAAUGGGACAGAUGAGGAGCUCGAUGGCGCAAGUGGUUAGCGCGAUCGUUGACGUUAAGCAACUUUCGUAGUGGUCGAUCAUUGGAUGGGCAACCAAAAAUGUACUAUCUCUAGCUCCUCCGUACUUCGGAAGACACGUUAAGACGUUGGUCCCGGAUACAUCUGCAGUCCUUAGCACCCACCAAUCCACACUGGGUCCGCGUGGUGGGUCAUGGCUCCUUAUUCCAUUCAUAGGGAAGGCCUGUGCCCCUAGAGGACACAUUAAAAGGAUGAUGAUAAUAAAAUAUGAAUAUAAGCGUAUAUAAAUUUAGUAAUGUGCAUAAAACUGCGCGGUCACUGGACACAUUCAUAGUAGAUACCUACCUGUCAUUCAUUUACUCCUCGCUCAACAUCAAAAACUUACCAAAAAUAGUUUCAUUAAACAUGUUUUUUUUAUUUUGAGUGGUUUAUAGAGGCCCAUUUCGUAAUACGAAAAUUGAGUUGUCUUUCUCUAUAAUUAGAUCGGAAUAUUCACGGAGUCUAUUCGUAUUCCUAAACGGUGUAUUAUUCCUUCAUGCAGACAAGAAGGCUUUGAACCCGAUUUGUUAGUUUAGGCUGAUCCACCUGCUAAUUGUUUUGCUACCAUCAUUACCAUCAUUUUAACGGGGUCUAGAACUUGUUAUAGACAAAGUUUAAUUACACGGGUAAUGUAAAUUUCGGAAAGGUAAAGGGAAGGAAGAGGUCGUUUCACAUGAUCCCAUCUCCCUAUGUAAACAUGAAAUUGGAAAUUCAUUUAACGAAUGAAUUUUCCAAGUAAGUUCCUUUACAAUUAUUUCCAUACUAAAUUAAUAUAAAAACUUCACAGUUAAUCUUAUAAGCAUAUAAAGUUCUCGUGUCACAAUUUUAGUUACCAUACUCCUCCGAAACUAAUUUGCCGUACUGUCGUACUGGUUAUUUCAAGUUCAAUUUUUCUUUUUUGCAAAGAAUUCUAAGUUAAAAUUAUUUUUAUUUUUAAUAUCUGUUUUAAUUGUUUUAAAAAUUAUUCAUUUGUUUGUUCAAUUAAUGGUAAGCGUUCUCUUUUCAGAAACGCAUUUUUACGUUUUUCGUCAUCAUGGAUACGUUAAAAUUCGAGUGAUUAUGGAGUAUGGGUGGUAGCGUCGUGGUAGUAAUGCUGCACAUCUUCUUACCAAUCGGGAUGAGCUAUUCUGCAGACGUGUACUGUGAAGAACUGAAAACGAUGAUGGAGAAGCUCGCACAUCUCUAACCAGCUUUGGUCAAUUGUUUGACUGCGCUGCUUCUGCACGAUAACGCGCGACCUCAUACUGCAUAGUCAUCCGUCAUCCACCGUACUCACCAGACCUUGCCCCUACAGACUUCUACUUUUUCCAGAAUUUGGAUAUCUUCUUAGCGGAGAAAUAAAUUAAUAACCAAGAGGCAGUUCAAAAUGCCUUUGGAGAAUUUCUUGGCUAACGUCCAGCAGACUUUUUUAAAAAGGGCAUCAAUAAGCUACCACUGUGUUGGCAAAAAUGCAUUGAGUGCAUGGUUUAUAUAUGGGCAUUACUUACUUUGAUUAAUAAAAAUAAAAAAUAUAGAAAAAAGAGCGUUAACUUAUUUCAUGAAAAACGGCAAAUUCAUAGGUAAGGACCUAAUAUCUAAGUCGAGCAUUUUCUCUUAGAAAAGUUAGUGAUUUUACUACUUACAACCAUUAACGUAGGUACAAAUCUGAAAAAGCAAAAGUAUCGGAUGAAGAUCCACGCACGGCUAACCGUUUCUUAAUUUAUUCUAAGACAAUGUAAACAAAGAUUACCUAAUUCAUUGCUGUAGGUAUUGAUUUUAUACUUAUACCCACUAGCAUUAAACGAGCUUAUUUUUUUAUGAAACCAGUAUGAGGAAAGAGUCGGACGGUGCCGGUCAUUCUAGCAUUUAUGAGAUGUCUAAGUAUUUUUAGUUUUGUUUGGUUAUAAAACUUAGCAUAGUGAGUUUCGUGCCCGGUUUGGUUGUGAUAGUGAUCGAAAUGUUGCUUUUGUGGCUAUGCACAACCUUGGCGGUUGGAGUUUAUUGCGAUCAUCAUGACAGGACAAACAUGUUGCCGGACCGGACUACGAUAGUACACCUCUUCGAGUGGAAGUGGAGGGAUAUUGCUGACGAAUGCGAAAGGUUCUUAGCGCCUAAAGGAUAUGGUGGGGUUCAGAUAUCACCUCCCUCCGAGAAUUUAAUAAUUCACAAAGAUGGCGGGAGACCUUGGUAUGAGCGUUACCAAGUGAUGUCUUAUAAAUUGAAGACUAGAUCGGGGGAUGAGGAGGAUUUCUUGAAUAUGACCAAACGGUGCAAUCAAGUGGGAGUCAGAGUAUACGCAGAUGUGGUUGUGAACCACAUGACUGGCGAUCAUCCAACGAACGUUGGUACAGGUGGAAGCACGGCUGAUUUCAAGAAUUACGAUUACCCAGCCGUACCUUACUCCAGGGAACACUUCCAUAAUCCCGCCUGCCAGAUCAACGAUUACAAUAACGCCGCCGAGGUGAGAUCGUGCAACUUGGUCGGCCUGAAGGACUUGGACCACAGUAAAAGUUACGUCCGAAUGAAAAUAGUAGAAUUCUUCAAUAAACUCAUAUCACUAGGAGUAGCUGGGUUUAGGGUGGACGCAGCAAAACAUAUGUGGCCUAACGAUUUGGGCGAGAUCUAUAAAAAGUUAAACGAUUUAAACACCAAUUUUGGUUUUGCACCGAACACAAGACCUUACAUUUAUCAAGAAGUCAUCUACUACGGCUUUGAAGCGAUUACGCCCAGUGAUUAUACGUCGUUGGGAGAUGUUACCGAAUUCAAGGUUGGAUCAGAGCUCAAGAGUGUUUUCCGCGGGCGAAACGCUCUCAAGUGGCUGGUGUCCUGGGGUGAACAAUGGGCCUUAUCACCGAGUGAUAAGGCUCUCGCUUUUAUUGACAACCACGAUACGCAAAGGGACCACGAUGUAUUGACUUAUAAAGAGUCGAGGCCAUAUAAGGCGGCCAUUGCUUUCAUGCUCGCUCACCCUUACGGCGUGACACGCGUAAUGAGCAGCUUUUUCUUCGACAACAAAGAGCAAGGCCCACCCAUGGACAGUAAUGAGAACAUAGUAUCACCAAGUAUUAAUGAGGAUGACACCUGCGGCAACGGGUGGGCGUGUGAACACCGUUGGCGACAGAUAUACCAAAUGGCAGCUUUCAGGAACGCCGUGAGAGGCACAGAUGUGGACCAAUGGUGGGAUAACGGCCACAAUCAGAUCGCAUUCAGCAGGGGUGAUAAAGGUUUUAUAGUGUUCAAUGUAGAAGGUCAAGAUUUGGAGCAGAAGUUACAGACUGGUCUCCCUGCUGGCGACUACUGCGAUGUGAUAUCAGGAAAAGUGAAUGGCGAUAAAUGUACUGGCCUGAAGGUGACUGUGGACGACAAAGGAUUCGCCAACAUCCAUCUACCAGGCCACGUUGAAGACAUGCACUUAGCUAUACAUGUCGGAAAAGAGUCAUCCUUGCAGACUUCUCACAAUGAGUAAAGAAGAAGAUUGUAAAUGUAUCAGUUAUAGAAAUUAAAUUUGAGUCACUUAGCUGUAAUUUUUUAUUAUC